GACGCGAGCUCCCUUCAAACACACACACCGUCUCUUGGCGAACAUGGCGGCAACUUGACAACGGCAGCGAGAUGAAGACGGCGAGGGCUUGAAAAAUAAAAAAAAGAGGUCUGUUACAGGCUGUAGGCCCAAACGCCGACACAAAGGCAGACAGCUUCGCCAUGUUGGAAGAGGAUAGCGCCCUUGUCCCUGCACGACCGAGGCCGGGGGAAACGUAAACGCGUCGGUGAGUGUUUCUAAAAACGGGAGUCGAGGCUACGCAGAGGAGCGGAGCGGCGCGGCGCGGAGCUCAGGGCGGACGGGGAGGACAGCGGCUUCACCGGUCAGCCAUGGAGGAUGCGGCCCGUGGUCGCCAGCGUCUGAUUUGCCGUCCGGCCCACGCUCAUUUUAAUGGGAAUUACCGCUGAACGCAAAGGCAGAGCCGGGACAACCCACCACCUGACGACUUGAGGGGAGGAAAACGCGAAGCGGACCCCCAACGUCAAUGACUGUUGCGGCAGAGGAGCCCCCACGGUGGAGUCGGCCGGUUCCCAAAAUAUGACCAGGGGUGCUGGGACGUGUUGGCAGCAAGAAGAUGACGACGGCUUCCAAAUCUGGCUAGAGCCCCCCCGCGACAACCAAAAGCCAUUCACCGACUCAGAGAGGGCGCAGAGAUGGCGACUGUCCUUGGCAUCCCUCUUGUUCUUAACCAUCCUCCUCUCUGAUCACCUGUGGUUCUGCGCCGAGGCCAAACUGGCCCGGACCCGGGUCAAGUUCGCAUCCUCCCAACUCCUCUCCCCCCAGACCCACUCAGCACACAGCAGCCUCAGAGGAAACCCAGAUGCUAUUUUUAUAGGAAACUCUACCAAACAUUUGUGGCGGCUUGAAACUUGCCACCAGGAUAGUUUAUCUAAAGACUGCUUCGCUUUCGCAGAUGCCGACCAUUUGUGCGGGGGCCUUUCCGACCAAGAGGGGACGCGGGCUGUAAAUAUGAGCGAUUUGUACCUCUCCUUUUGUAACUCCUACUCUCUGCUGGAUUUGUUUUACGGGUCGACGAGUCCGGACAAUUUGAACUGCAGCCUCGACGUGCUCGGCGACGGGGACACCACCAGAUGCAGUCUGUGCGUCCAGGCGUACCAGCGCUACGACCAGCACGCCCAGGAGAAAUACGAGGACUUUGAGCUCCUGACUCAGAAAUACGAGCCGGGGGCAUAUUCAGUGAGGACGUGCAUGGAGCAGUGCAAGACGGCCUAUAAGCCCUGGCUGUGCGCUCAGUAUUUCCCCACCACCCAGCAGUCCUGUCAGAAGAGGGUACCGUGCCACCAGUACUGCCUGGAGGUCCAGCAAAGCUGUCCGUUCAUCCUGCCCGAUAACGACGACCUGAUCCACGGCGGCAGCCCCAGCUUCAUCUGCACAGGGCUCUUGGCGGAUCAUCUAUCAGACAGUGAGGCGGAGUGCUGCGACGUCCGAUGGGACUCCAAAAUGGACAGCCCUUCAGGCGGGACACUAAAAAGGACUGCUUCUUCCUGCCAGCCCGAGGGGGCCUCGGUCACCUCCGCUGCCACCCCGAGACUGUGCAGCGGGCGACUGAAGAUCUGCCUGCUGGCCCUCGUCCUCCUACACACUGUCAUCAUCAUUUCAGCCUCCCAUAAUUCUACGUUGGUGGGCGUGGCUGCCAUUUUCUCGCCAGAGGAGAGUGCUUCUAAUGAGGAGUGAACCUUGGGGUUGAAUCUGGUGCUUGUAAAGAGUGAUGUCGCUCGAGAGGAUUACGGCUUUUACAAUGUCAUGGCUGCCAGGGACACAUCUGGCGAGACGUGCUGGAAAUGCCUCUACAAUCUUCCGCAGAUGAACCAUCAACCACAGGAAGUGGGAGGGUUUUAACUGGAGCUAAGGGUGCUGGGAUUGGACAUUGACCGAACCGAGAUGUUUGAGAACCACCCCCCUAAAGAACUGACCUCUUGCCACUUGAAACCUGCUCAUUGUUUCUAUUCCAUCCAAAUGUUUUCUAGCAUAUUGUCCCUCCUCUCCUCUCCCUACCUUCCCUCCCUCCCCCAUCACUCCCUUCCCGUCCUGACGUUUUUCCGGAGUGUGUAUGGAUGGCACGUCAGAGGAUAAAAACGGACAUUGGUGAAGUGUGCGCUCUCUCGCUCAUCGUUACCUUUAGAUUUUUUGCUGCAUUUUUUUCAGGUGCCAGAAUGUUUUGACAUAUCAACUGUGUUCCACUUCCUGCUCUCCAUCACCUCCGAGGCGUCUUCUCACUCCCUUGUGUGUGAUGUUGCUCGAGGGCCUGCCAGGACCAGCUCAUCCAUCACUCAUGUGGGUCUUGUUUCUCUGAAAACAAACUGUAUGUGAUUCUUCUAUACUAUACUGUUCAGCUUGUAUUUUGUCCCACUAGAAGUUCCUUUUUUCCGACCCCUUACGACAGUACAUGCCUACAUGUUUUAGGACCUUAAGUGCUCUGAGAGUGGCCCGCUUUCUCUUCUAACUUGUUGGGCCAUUGAGCAAGUUAGGAGGGAGGACGUGGCAAAGGUAGUGACGGUUCAGAUUGCGGGGUGUUGCAGGAGUCGAUGCUGAGCUCCUGAACAGGAAGUGGUGUUCUCUGGUUGCUAAAGUGUUCAGUUUACCUCAUACGGUAGUGUCGGUGUUGCAGAUAGGCAGCCCAGUGGCUCGUGUUAGCGCCACAGAGAGUAUUUAGAGUUGUCGUACACGAGACUGCAGGGACAACCCAGGGACACUAGAGAAUAGUCGCAUGAUGCCAAAACACCAGGGACCUCAUUUAUCAACCGCGCGUACGCUCGUUUCUGUGCACAGAAUCCGGUUCAUCAGUUUCUUCUCGUGCUUAAGAAUGUGUGUACUUUUAGAAACCCUCCCCGACCGCGUGUACCGACGAAACGCUAGUGAUACACAGGUGUAAUUGUGAAGGAACUAAACUACAAACACGUAAACCAAUUCACUGUUACUGUCAGUACUAAGAUUGUUAUUUUAAAAGAAAUGAAAUCUUCGAGAGGGAAGUUAUGCCGUUAAAGUCACAGUAAAACGGAAGUUAGAGCGUCUUUAGCUUCAAGUUCAGCUUAGUUACAGGAUUUAAAUCCCUCACCUACGUUGUUACAUCUUUUAAAAAUGUAGUUUUUCCAGUUGAAAUCCAAACACACACACACACUCCUGCUAGGAUUUUGCUCUGCUAGCGACCCACAAGCUACGAUCUUAAGUGUUUGUCACUGCACAUUGGUCAUUAAACAUAUUUUUACGUUAAUAGAGAAAAAAUGUUUUUAAACACAUUUAGCAUGUAACAAGAGAUAAAUGAUGAACUGACACAGGAUCAGGACUUCCACUCUGUCUUUAAUGCCUCUUUGUCUAACUUUCAUUUUAAAUAGAGCUGUACCUCACAGCACCGCGGCCGACAGUAACCUGGAUUUUUGUUCGUUUCUUCAGAUAAAGUUGUAAUCAUACAGCUUGAUAAUGACUGCUUGUUAAGGUUCGCAUUCAUGAGCCGUGAUCAAAUCUCACACCACUUCCGACGUCUGAAAACAGAAACAGAAACAUCUGUAAAUCAGAACGACUAUAUCAUGAGCUCGGCUGCGUUACAAGUACAGUACAUGUGAUCACAGACAGCGGAGAGAUUGCACACCGCACUGAACCUGGUUGCUUUAAAUUAUGGAGCACUUGAGCUGAUUAACAGUGAUUAUCAUCACAGCGCAGAGACAUGCCACUCCACCAGAAACAUCUCCUGUAAAUGCACAGCAGGGAGAGGAGAGUUUAUUUUCUACGACAGUUAUGUUCCUUAAUAUCGGCAGGGAAAAAAAAAACAAUCAGUGGUCGUCUCUUCAAGUUGCGAUAGUCGACGUGAUCGCCGGUCGGCACAAGCCUAGGCACGAUACUCUUGCAAGCAAACACACCUGAAACGUAGAACUUCUAGAGUAAAAUAAGACCAGCAACAAUGCAGGAACUUAUGUCUACUUUCUUUUUUUUUGUCUCUAACUUUCUCGGUUUUCUACCACAAACAGUAACUCUGCAUUGCAUUGAGGACGGCCUUCUGUCUGCAUGUAAAUGAGCUUGUAUGUGCACAAGCAGAACCAAUUUUCUCGUCCGUACAGACGCUUCCUACGCACACAUUUAAAACUUGUUCUGUGCUUGGUUUGAUAAAUGAGGCCCCAGAUCUUUGAGUGCCUCUCUGCUGCGUACGCCCAGUGAGGCAGAUACUGGCAAUGGAGCAAUAUAGAAAAAGAAAAAAAAAAAAAAAGAGAGCCAGUGUUAGUGUCCUACUUUGUGGCAUCUUCACUAUGGUUGGCUCGGCUUUCUCGGAGUUGGUGCGAGCGAACAGCUGGCCAGUCAAUCAAUCAAUCAACAAAUCAAUCAAUCAAUCAAUCCGUCGACUCUUAAAUACCCUUAGACGAGCUGAUCAACUGCUAUCUUUCACGGACUAGCAAAGGGCUGUGUUAGUGUCAGCGUGCGAGGAGUGUGAGGAGUUUUUCAAGGGCUGAUCCAUCUGACUUUGUUGGGUUUUUUUUUGUUGUUUUGUUGUUGCAUGGCUGCAAGUGAAGUGCACAUUGACAUGAGGACGGGUCAUGCAGGGAUUAAGAAGAGUUUAAACCCCCCCCCCUUUCUUUUCUUUGUUGCUAGGAAUGCACUGAGACUGGACAGAAACAGAGAUUCGUCCCAUCUUACAAUCUGAUACUGUGAGCAACUAGUGAUAUACCAAAUAUUGAAGCCAAGGACGCUAAAUCUCCUUCACGAAGCAGGUUUUUGUCCUCCAUCCUGGUUGCCUCUAGUGAUCAGUUAAAGACAGAUUGGAGUUUUAACUUCAUCUCCAAAUUGCUCUUGGCUGUGAAAACUUGGUGUCAGUGCACCCCCCCCCCUCCCUCUCCUUCUCUCCCUCUCCCUUCCCCAUUAACAGCUUGACCUUACCUCGCCUCACAUCGCAUUAAGACCAUCGGUUUGCUCUUCACACACUCGUCAUCAGAGUGGGAUGUCACGUGGAAGUCAAGUCCACACUUGCCUCUGGAUGUUCAUAGACUUUUAGCCCCCCUCCCUCAUCCCUCCCCCCUCCCCCAGUUUGCUCUCUGACCCCCCCCCCUUUCGCUCGAUAUUCUCGUGUGACGUGUUGUUUUGUUCGUUUGUUUGACAAACUGUGACGACGAGAACUACAUUCCCUCGAAGACAGCAGCAGCGGAUGUAAUAGGCCCACACUUUGUGCUCCGUCCCCUUCGAUCUCUAGCUGUUCACGAUCUGAAGUCCUGUGGAUCUAUGCAGAUGAACCCCCAUCCCAAACUAAACCCACCCCGACCACCGCCACCACCACCCAACCCCCUUGUCCUUUCUGUUGUAAAUAUGUCCUGAGGAUGUGGGAUCCCAAAAUGGCCACCCUAUCUCCCGCCGACCCUCCCCAGACCUCCCCUCCCCGCCCCUCCACUGUUGGAAUCUCACUGUGUUUUCUGUUCGCCUCCUUGGUUUUUGUCUGUUUUUUGAGAUUUUUGCCGCAUUUUUCUGUUGUCUAAAGCAGUGGUGUGAGUUGAUGAGUAGGACUAAGUUGGAUGUUAAAAAGAUGAGAUAAAGAGGUCUUAAGAAAAAUAUACAAAAAAAAUGAAGCGUGAAUUGAGAAAAGGGUUCAAAUAUAGAGAAAAAAUUAUGAUAAAGUUGUCAUAUUGUCAUACUAGAGAUGCUUUAGUUUGCUAAUUUACUUUCUUUUUUUUCUACAAAAGACUUGGAUGAAAUUAUUUAUAAAAUGCGUCCCACGAGUCAUGAUCUUUUUUGGACGUAAAACAAAUACAUUUAUUAACAUUUUGUUCAAAAGAAAAUAAAUAUAAAUUAUGUUAAACAUUA